UGUUCUAGUUCUUGUACUUCGACAUUGACUCUUACUUUGUAAUUAUUCGGUAUUUCCGGCAACAUGGAAGCAGUGGUGACAGAGAUCGUAGCUCCUGAAGAUUUGAAGAGAUUUGAGAAAAAAUACAACUCUGAACGGGAAAAGGGAUCCGUGUCCAAGGACACCAAGUUUGAGUAUGCAUGGUGUUUAAUCAGAAGCAAAUAUACAAACGACAUUAAAAAGGGCAUUGAGCUGUUGGAGGAACUGGUACAGAAGACCACAAAGGAUGACCAGAGAGACUUUCUGUUCUAUCUGGCUGUUGGACACUACAGACUAAAAGAAUAUGAGCGAGCUUUAAAGUACAUUCGCAUCUUGCUUAAAAAUGAACCAGGAAAUAAACAGGCCAUUGAGCUAGAAAAGCUCAUCAACCAGGCACUAAAGAAAGAUGGCCUGGUUGGCAUGGCCAUUGUCGGAGGCAUCGGCUUGGGCGUGGCAGGGUUAGCAGGACUGAUUGGGCUGGCAGUCGCCAAAUCUGCAAAGUCCUAAGAAGGAAGAGGGGGUGUGAAACUUCUCCUUCCAAAUAAAGCAACAGGCUUAUCAAA